AUGGAAGGCAACGAUCUUCAGACAUCAUCAGAUAGGAAUCCGAUAACGAACUCCUCGUUGAAGUCAACAACACGGAUUCUUCGAUUUCUCGUUGAUGUUGUUGCCGGUUUUGUUGAUGUGAACAACUCGANACUCGAGAUGUUUCUGCAGUGCUGCGGUGAGUGGAAACACGGUGAUGUGACUGAAGUAGUCUUCGUGAAACGAGUGGUCAUCGUCAGUUCGUCGUCGAAUGAAUCGUCAUCUCCAUCAUAA